UUGGACGAUCAGUUGGUCGAUCAGUUGGUCGACCAGUUGGACGAUCAGUUGGUCGAUCAGUUGGACGAUCAGUUGGUCGAUCAGUUGGUCGAUCAGUUGGUCGACCAGUUGGACGAUCAGUUGGUCGAUCAGUUGGACGAUCAGUUGGUCGAUCAGUUGGUCGAUCAGUUGGUCGACCAGUUGGACGAUCAGUUGGUCGAUCAGUUGGUCGAUCAGUUGGACGAUCAGUUGGUCGAUCAGUUGGUCGAUCAGUUGGACGAUCAGUUGGUCGAUCAGUUGGUCGACCAGUUGGACGAUAAGUUGGUCGACCAGUUGGUCGACCAGUUGGACGAUCCGUUGGUCGACCAGUUGGACGAUCAGUUGGUCGAUCAGUUGGACGAUCAGUUGCCCAACCAGUUGGUCGAUAAAUUUUUCGAUCAGUUGAUCGAUUGA